AUGAGUACAGUGACUAAUCCAAGUUUAUAUUCUAUAAGAGAUGUACUAUUACUAUCCCAAUUACUUCACAUCAAUGGAAUCAAGGGGCCACAGGAAUUGGAUUCAGCAUCAAAUGAUUCAAUCAAUACAAUUCUAACAGAAUGGAAACAACACAAGACAGUGCAACUAGAAAACAAAGUUAUCAAAGUAAAUACCAAGGCACAAUUGAAAGAAUUAUAUCACAAAUUGUUGAAGAAAUAUCAGGUUGAAAGUACUGAAGAAUUGGCCAAUUUUGUGUAUUUUGCGAGAAUUGAGGAAUUGGAAUCAGAUAUUUCUCAAUACAAGGAAGAAUUUAGAGAAGUUUUGAAUAGAAGUUAG